GCGACGCUGAGGAGCUGCUUGGUCCUUUCGUGGAGGUACGUAGAGUCGGCUCUGCCAGCGAGAGGUGAAAGUGGGGUGCAUGGAAGAGAGGGGUCCCGAAAAAGAGAGGAGAGGGAGCAUUUUUAAGGUCAUCUCCAUCUUCUGACUGAAGAAAAGAUGGUCAACGUUUUGAAAGGAGUGCUUAUAGAAUGUGACCCUGCCAUGAAGCAGUUUCUGCUGUACUUGGAUGAGUCAAAUGCCCUAGGGAAGAAGUUCAUCAUUCAAGACAUUGAUGACACUCACGUCUUCGUCAUAGCAGAGUUGGUUAAUGUCCUGCAGGAGCGUGUGGGUGAAUUAAUGGACCAAAACGCUUUUUCUCUUACCCAGAAGUGAAAAUACUAGGUAUUGACCACUUAGGAAUUAAAAGUAACGAAUAUGAGAGACUGUUACCCAUUCAGUAUCUUAUGUGACUUGGCUAGACCUGGAGAAUUGUUUAAAGCAUGUAGCGGGAAAGACUGUGGUGUCAUUUGUUCAGAAAAAAGCCCCAAACUGAUUUUCUUGUUCUGUUUUAUUCAGUAUAUGUAUCCUAGAACUUAAAACAAAACGAAACAAAACAAAAAACACGUUAACAGCUGGCUACAAUUUGGCUUUUAUUGUCAUUUAUUAAAAUGUACAUAGUUUUCCUACUUUUUAAUGCUGAUUUACAAAUAUAAUGGAAUAUGCUUUUUAAUUAUCAGUCUAACCCAGAUAUUUGUUUUGUGAAGUAUAACAUACAGAAAGUGCACAAGACAUAAAUGUACAAAUUUCUGAAUUUCCACAAACUGAACACACUUGUAUAAUCAGUACACAGAUGAGGAAAAUCACCACCAUCCCAGAAGCCUUUUCAUAGAAACACCUUUAGUGUCACAUCAAGAGUAAACACUGCUGACAUUGAAGGGCAUCGGUUACUUUUGCUUGUUUUUUAACUUUCUGUCCGUGGAGUCAGGCAGCGUGUACUCUUGUGUCUGGCAUCUGUCACUCAGCAUUAGAUUUGUGAGAUUCUCCAUGCUGUUGCAUGAUGUACAGUUGACCCUUGAACAACACAGGUUUGAACUGUGCAAGUCCACUUAUACAUGGAUUUUUUUCAAUAAAUACUAUAAAUGUAUUUUCUCUUCCAUAUGAUUUUCUUAAUUCUUGUCUCUAGCUUAUUUAAGAAUAUAUAACAGAUAUAAAAUACAAAAUAUGUGUUAGCUAACUAUGUUACUGGUAAGGCUUCCAGCCAACAGUAGGCUAUUAGUAAAGUUUUUGGAGAGUCACAAGUUAUAUGUGGAUUUUCAACUACACAGGGGUUGGCACCUCUAACUACCACUGCCACCCACAUUGUUCAAGGUUCAACUGUAGUUUUUUCAUUUUCAUUGCUGUACGAUAGCUAUUCUGUUACUUGCCUCAACCACACUAGAGAUACUUUGGUUAAUAAAUGAAUUCAGUCCUAAAAAUUUAAUAACUAUACAUUCAUUAAACCUCAAUUUGAACUUGAUAAACACGUCAAAUGGUUUUACCACUCUUUGAGGUCACACUAAUUUUUCUCCAGUGGCAGAAUAUAUACCACAUUAUUGUAUUUGUUUGAGAAAAGAAAUGCAAGUAAAGAAUCUAAUUGCAAAAUAUACUGGCAUUAGUUACA